AUGGGUGGUUCGUCUUAUAUUACACUUCCAGAGGACAUAAAAAAUAAAAAAGCAAUUAUCAAUCCCCAAAACUCAGACCAACAGUGCUUCAAGUGGGCAAUCAUAGCGAGACACGUUUCGGGUAAUACCAAAAAUCAAGUGGCUGAAAAUUAUACAUCGCUCGAGGACAAAUAUAAUUUUUCUGGUUUAACAUUCCCAACACCUGUGAGGGAAAUAAAAACAUUUGAAAAAAAUAAUCCGAAAAUAUCAGUCAACGUUUAUGGAUUAAAAAAAGAAAAGAAUAAGAAACAUAUUGUUUAUCCACUUAAGGUUGCGGAUGAAGAAAAAAAAUAUCAUUUUGAUCUCUUACUAAUUACUGAUGGUAAUAAAAGCCACUACACCUACAUUUCUAACCUUUCGAGGCUUGUGAGAUCACAAAAAACAUUACACGCCGAAAAUGUUGUAUUUUGCAAACGAUGUUUUACCAGUUUUGACAAUAUACAUACAAAAUAUAAGUUAAAAGGUCAGGCGGGACUUGAACAACACAAGUUGAUAUGUAGAGCAAAUAAGCCAAUUCUGCCUAAGAUGCCUGAGCCCGGUACAUUGUUAGAGUUCGAUGGGUGGAGUAACACUGAAAGACAUCCGUUCGCGAUAUAUGCCGAUUUCGAGGCACUCCUUGUUAAAUGCGAAGAAAAAAAAGGCAAAAAAACAGCAGCUUUUCAAAAGCACGAGCCAAUGAGCUAUGGAGUUUUCGUAAAGGCUACAGAAAACGUUACGAUUGAUUUGCUUGAGAAAUAUGACAUACCAACAUCACCUAUUAUUUAUCGUGGAAGCGAGUCACAUCAGGAUGUAGCCAAGCGUUUCGUUAAUGAAGUAACAGAGAUCGCGAGAAGAGUUCAAGAUUUACUUAAAACAAAUAAACCCAUCAUAAUGACAGAAAAAGAGCAAAUAGCACAUGUAUCGAAAAGUACAUGCAAUCUAUGUGAAUGUAAUUUUUCUAUCAAAAACCAAAAGGUGGCAGAUCACUGCCAUCUAUCAGGGACAUUUAGGCAAACUUUAUGCAAUACUUGCAACCUGAAACUCCAAAAACCUAACUUUAUACCGUGCUUUCUACACAAUUUGUCUAAUUACGAUGCACAUUUCAUCGUAACCGAACUCGGAAAUGACACUAAAUCAAUCUCAGUAAUUCCAAACAGCGAAGAAAAAUACAUUUCAUUUUCAAAACACGUUACCAACAACUUUUCAAUUCGAUUCAUAGACUCUUGUCGAUUCAUGGCAUCAAAGUUAUCAACACUCGCAGAAAAUUUAUUAACACCAGGGUUCAAGAAGUUCAGAGAAACCGCAAAAGCAUUCGCACCCAGAGAUAUGGAUCUCGUCACACGUAAGGGUGUAUACCCUUACGAGUUUACCGAUAGUUGGGACAAGUUAGAAGAAACGAUUUUGCCUCGGAAAGAAGAUUUUUAUAGCACAUUAACGGAAGAACAUAUAGACGAUGAGGAAUACGAACACGCAGUCACAGUAUGGAACCAUUUCAAAUGCAAAACCCUAGGAGAAUAUAGCGAUUUGUAUCUAAAAAUUGACGUGCUGCUGUUGGCUGACGUGUUUGAAAAUUUCAGAGACAUGUGCAUUUCUACAUACAAUUUAGACCCUGUUUACUACUUUACAGCUCCAGGUUUUAGUUUUGACUGUAUGUUGAAAUAUACCAAAGUCAAACUAGAAUUACUCUCUGAUUUUGACACCCACUUAUUUUUCGAAAAUUCAAUCCGCGGCGGCCUCACACAAGCAAGUAUGAGGUACGCUAAAGCUAAUAAUGAAAAAACCCAAGAUUAUGACCCAACAAAGUCAAAAUCGUGGAUAGUUUACCAAGAUUGUAACAAUUUGUACGGGUGGGCAAUGUCACAGCACAUGCCAUACGGUGACUUUAAAUGGGUGGAGCCUAAGUUAGAUGGAUUAGAUGCUUUGACGCCGACGUCAGAUAUAGGCAGAGUGUAUGAGGUAGACAUAUCAUACCCUAAUGAACUCCAUGACUUACACAACGAUCUUUCAUUUUUACCUGAGAACAAAAUUCCUCCUGGUUCAAAAGUGAAAAAACUUAUGGCGACACUUCAUUCAAAAAAAAAUUACGUAAUCCAUUAUCGAAACCUGCAGCAAGCCAUAGCAAAUGGUUUAAUUGUAGAAAAAGUACACAGAGUUUUAGAGUUCAAACAAUCGGAUUGGCUUGCAAAAUACAUUAAAUUAAAUACCGAAAUGAGGAAGAACGCAAAGAAUGAAUUCGAAAAGGAUUUCUUCAAACUCUUAAACAAUGCAGUUUUUGGGAAAACUAUGGAAUCUUUACGGAAACGUUUUAAGAUGGAACUAGUUUCAUGUCCACAAAGAUUACAAAAACUAAUCAACAAGCAAACAUUUAAACAUUAUUUCGCAGUAUUAGAUAUCAGUAAAACCAUGAUGUACGAUUACCAUUUUAAUGUAAUGAAGGCGCAUUAUGGUGAUAAUAUCAACCUCAUGUAUACAGAUACAGAUUCACUGAUAUAUCACAUUAAGACUGACGAUUUUUACAAAGAUUUGAAGUGCAAUUCAAACUUACUUGACCGGAUGGAUACUUCAGAUUUACCGAUAGACCAUCCAUGCUACAUUUCCGAACGAAAGAAAAUUCCAGGAUUGUUCUCCGAUGAGGGAAAGGGACAGCUAAUUACCCAGUUUAUCGCGCUUCGAGCAAAGUCAUACGCUUACAUUUUGAACGACAAGGAGAAAAUUAAGGCAAAAGGCGUACGAGGGCACGUAGUUAAAAAUCACAUGACUUUCAAUGAUCAUUUCGAUUGCCUUUUCGCCGAUGACGAAAAAGAGAACUCUAAACUGUAUACUAGGGAAAAUGUAUCCAUCAGAUCAUUCAACCAUAAGAUACGAACAAUCAAAUCCAAAAAAUUAUGCUUCAACCGACAAGAUGAUAAGCGGAUAGCAAAGACCGAUAGAAUACAUACCUACGCUCAUGGACAUUUUAAACUCGAUUGUUAA